GUCAUACAACAAGAAGAGCCCAAAUGUCGCGAUCUUACGAUAGAGCAUUGACUGUUUUCUCACCAGAUGGUCACUUAUUCCAAGUUGAAUACGCUUUAGAAGCUGUUAGAAAGGGUACAUGUGCUGUUGGUCUCGCUGGUAAAGAUAUCGUUAUCCUCGGUGUAGAAAAGAAAUCAACUUUACAACUUCAAGACCCUAGAUCAAUAAAGAAAGUCGUUAACUUGGAUGAUCACGUCUCUCUUGCUUUCUCCGGUUUAACAGCUGAUGGUAGAAUUCUCGUCGAUAAAGCUAGAGUUGAAUGUCAAUCACAUAGACUCACCGUAGAAGAUCCCGUCACCGUAGAGUACAUUACAAGACACAUCGCGCAAAUUCAACAAAGAUACACUCAAUCAGGUGGUGUUAGACCAUUCGGUUUGAGUUGUUUACUCAUUGGAUACGAUCCAUACGAUAAUAUACCAAAAUUGUACAUGACAGAACCAUCUGGUAUUUACACAGCUUGGAAAUCUAUCGCUAUUGGUAAAUCAUCAAAGACUGUUAGAGAAUUCCUCGAGAAAAACUACCAAGAUGAUUUAAAUGAUGAUGACGCAAUAAAGUUAACGAUCAAGAGUUUACUUGAAGUCGUACAGACUGGUGCCAAGAAUAUCGAAAUUUCUAUUAUGAAGAAGGGCGAAAAGGUAAAACAGCUUGACAAUCAAACUAUUGAAGAUAUAGUGAAUACUAUAGAACAAGAGAAUAAAGCAUUAGAUGAGCAACGUAAAUCGAGGUUACAACAACAAUUAGAUGCUCAAUCUGCAAUGACAUAAGCUCAAUUUUUUUUUAUUGUAUAUUAAUUUUAUCUGUCAAAAUGUCAUCAUCAUUCAAACUUGAC